GCCCUCUUUGUCCUUACUUCCAUGUCCGCCGAGUUCGACGACGUCCUUACGAACCAACCUGUUGUCAUUGACAAUGGCUCCGGGACGAUAAAGGCAGGUUUCGCGGGUCAGGAUCAUCCGAAAUGCUUCUUCCCAUCUUUUGUAGGACGGCCAAAGCAUGUUCGCGUCAUGGCGGGCGCGCUCGAAGGGGAUGUGUUCAUCGGAAAGCGCGCACAAGAGUUCCGAGGCCUGCUGAAGAUCAAGUACCCCAUGGAACACGGUAUCGUCACGGACUGGGACGACAUGGAACGGAUAUGGAGUUGGGUCUAUGCGGAGGAACUGGGGACGCUAUCGGAGGAGCAUCCGGUCUUGUUGACGGAAGCACCCUUGAACCCGCGAAGUAAUCGAGAUAUUGCCGCUCAGAUAUUCUUCGACACUUUCAACGUGCCCGCAAUGUUCACCUCCGUGCAAGCCGUGCUAUCAUUAUACUCUUCUGGUCGUACAACAGGCAUUGUGCUCGACUCUGGCGAUGGCGUAACACAUGCAGUCCCGGUGUUCGAGGGUUUCUCUAUGCCACAUGCUAUUCGUCGAGUAGACGUUGCAGGACGCGACGUAACCGACCACCUCCAACUUCUGCUGCGUAAGGCUGGCCAUCACCUACAUACCUCAGCGGAGCGCGAGGUAGUCAGGACGAUCAAGGAGAAGUGUUGCUAUAUUCCUAUCAGUCCAGCGAAGGAGGAGAAGGAUACCAACGGACGGACAGAGGACUUCAGAUUACCGGAUGGCAACGUCGUACAGCUGGGCCCUGAACGCUUCCGCGCGCCUGAGAUCUUGUUCAACCCAGAAAUCAUUGGCCAAGAAUAUGCGGGCGUCCAUCAGGUUAUCGUCGAUGCGAUUACACGCGUCGACCUUGACCUACGGAAGAGCCUGUACUCGAACAUCGUUCUGAGCGGAGGGAGUACCUUGACAAAAGGCUUCGGUGAUCGUCUACUUAACGAGGUCAAGAAGUUGGCAUUGAAGGACAUCAAGAUCAAGAUCUACGCGCCACCCGAGCGGAAGUACUCAACAUGGAUAGGUGGAUCUAUUCUUGCCGGUUUGAGUACUUUCAAAAAGAUGUGGGUAUCAGCAGAAGAAUACCAAGAGGACCCGGAUAUCAUCCACAAGAAGACGGGCUUCUGAUGCACGUCUCUGGUGCUGGGGACUUGAACUAUGGGGGCACGUGUUAUACCGCACUUUCAUUGCUUUGUACGCUGUUCAUUCGCUCAUCCUCUAUGAUAUACCCUCUGUACUUAUUCUCCUAGGUCCUUAGAGUCAUGCCAUAAUGAAACAUCUUAUUCUAAGGUCUUCGAGGACGUCGACGGCCUCGGAGCCAUGACAACUGCGAAACAUAUGAACUACCAGAUGCAGGAACCGUACGUUCUGCGUUGCGCGAUUGGUACGAUGCGUUGCGACGCAGUACUACACCAGCGGUCGACCUUGAUUAUACCCACCCACAUCGGGCAAGCGGUUUCACGAAAAUCUUACGGGGAAGCUUGUGCG